GUUGAACCGUCCUCCGAACAUAAUACGCCAAGAUGGGUAAGGGAAAGCCCCGUGGACUCAACGCCGCGCGCAAGCUCGCGACCACCCGUCGUGACAACCGCUGGGCCGAUCUGCACUACAAGAAGCGCCUUCUCGGUACCGCCUACAAGUCCUCUCCCUUCGGUGGUGCUUCCCACGCCAAGGGUAUCGUCCUCGAGAAGGUCGGUGUUGAGGCCAAGCAGCCCAACUCUGCCAUCCGAAAGUGUGUCAAGGUUCAGUUGAUCAAGAACGGCAAGAAGGUCGCCGCUUUCGUCCCCAACGACGGUUGUCUGAACUACAUCGACGAGAACGACGAGGUUCUCCUCGCCGGUUUCGGUCGUAAGGGUAAGGCCAAGGGUGAUAUUCCCGGUGUCCGUUUCAAGGUCGUCAAGGUCUCGGGUGUCGGUCUGCUCGCCCUGUGGAAGGAGAAGAAGGAGAAGCCUCGCUCUUAGAGAAAUUGCACGAACGAAAUGCAACGGAAAUGAUGGCGGAGAAAUGGGGCCCAUUCCAUGGAAGAUUGGGAAGAUAUCUAUGGUCUGGAAAUUAUGGUUCAGGACGGAUGACCCUGCAAAUACAAACAAUUGCAGCUACUACGAUUGAUAUACUCAUAAAAAAGAUGGCGCCAUGAUUGAUUUCUUUG